AUGGCUCACCCAAAGGACAACAAAGACAAGCGGGGCCGCGCACACGGUCAAGGCCAAAGUCGCGAUGUCCAAGUCUCUAAAGCAUUAAGCUUGCUUCUGCGCCAUGCCGCCGAAAAGGAAGGGCUGAAGAUGAAUGCGCAGGGUUAUGCGAGCGUGCCGGAUGUGUUAAAUUGGAGGAAACUCAAAUCGCUAAAAGUCACCUUUCCCGAGAUUCUAUACGCCGUCGAGUCGUCCGAUAAAAAGCGCUUCGCCCUCCUUCACAUUCCAUCCGCACAACCCACCAACUCCACAACCCAAGCAACGACAAUACCAGUGACAGCUCCAAAUGUAGCGCACGAUGCCGACACCGUCGUAGGUGAAAACCAACCCGCGACAUCGGUCCUGGAGUCCGCACCCGCCACGAGCGAAGCCCAACAAACAGCCACCGACCAAGCUUUAUCCGUGAAAGAUACCGACCCGUCGAACUUUUUAAUUCGCGCGACGCAAGGCCACAGCAUCAAGACUGUAGAUGCCGCCUCCUUCCUAGAGCCGCUUUCUUUAUCUGACGAAUCGAAACUACCUGAUACCGUCGUCCACGGCACAUUCCACGCGACAUGGCCUGCGAUUCUACAAUCCGGUGGACUACGCUGUAUGGGCCGGAACCACAUCCACUUCGCCACUGGCCCGUCAUUAGAAUCGGUGCUUGCUGCUCCCACUGGUGAUGCCGCGCAGGGUAAAUCUAAGCCUGACGAUUCUGGGGUCAUCUCAGGUAUGCGGCGCGAUGCGCAAGUCUUGAUUUAUAUCGAUUUGCGCAAGGCGCUGGCAGCAGGUGUACCGUUCUGGCGCAGUGAGAACGGGGUCAUUCUUAGUGAGGGCAUAGCUGUCGCAAAGGGUGAGCAGGCUGAGAAGGGUGAGCAGGCUGAGAAGGGUGAGCAGGCUGAGAAGGGUGAGGUACAGAAAUUCGUCUCGCUGGACUUUUUCGAUGUGGUAGUGGAGCGCAAGGCUGGGCUAGGUAAAAUCUGGGAGCGCGGUGAGGUUUUACAGGUACUUCCUGAGAAUCUUACGAAGAAAGGCAAUCCCAAGGGCCGACGAUGA